AUGUCUGCAAACAAAUCUGAACAAAGCCAUCAAAAAACUUCGUCCAAAUCAGAAUCCUCGCAAAACGCAAUCUCUGACCAGGAAAUCCGUCAAGAAUCCUCCAAAGCCGCCGGUGCAGCAGCUUCUGCCCAGAAAAAGGCAAAGGAGCUAAGAGAUGCUGCAGCUGCUGCAGGCGACCCCGACGAGCGCCAGAAAUUAACAGAACAAGCCGUCAACGCUGAAAUCGAAGCCGAGUCCUUCGGCAAGACUGCAAAAUAUCUUCGCUCUGGUGCAUUCCAAGGCAUGGCUGCCGGUGCAGGCCUCGGCCUCGCUCCAUCAGCUACUCUAGGCGCAUUGACAGGGACGUUGGUAGGAGGCGUGACUUCCGUCAUCACGAGCGGACUGGGCGGCGGGAUUGGUGCCGCGGCUGGGGCAGCACAUGGCCCGAUGGUAGACAUGGGAAAAUUGGCUGGCAAAGGAGUGAAGAAAGCGACGAGCUUUUUGCCAUCGUGGGUCGCGAGUGAGGAGCAGAAGAAGACGCUCGAGAAGAUGGUCGGGCAGGUAAAAGAGGAGGACAUGCCGGAUGAGAAGGAGUUGGAGAAGCUGCAAGAAGACGGGGGGAAUGCGGCACCAGAUGAAGGAUGGAUGGAAGGCGUGAAAGGGAUGAUGCCGAAUAUGGGAGGAGUUGGUGAAGCUGGGGGAGGGGAAGGCGGUGAUAGUGCGCCACCGCAAGAGGAGCCUUCGAAGGAGAACAUUCAAAAGAAUGAGGGCGAAAAGAAGUCAGAGACGGCUGGAAAUGAACCAGAAGAGAAAGAGGCUCGCCAAAAGUCGAGUGAAGAUGCUCAAGAACCAGAUGGUAAAGAAGCAAACUUGACAGAAAGGGAAAAACGAUUAGACCAGCGAGAGCAAGAGCUGAACGAGAAAGAGGAAGAAUUACGCAAGAAAGAAAAAGACCUGAACGCACGUGAACCUGAAAGUCGAAAGAAGCCACGAAAACUAGAGGCAAAGUCACAGGACAGCAUUGUCGACUCAGAUAAACCGAAGACUAGAAAGACACCACGUAAACUAGAGACGAGAUCGAAUGAUGGCGGCGCCUAG